AUGGGUUUAUCUGGUUUUAGUGCUUUUGUUAUGGUUGUCUUGGUGGUUUUGGAUGGUGUUCAAGUGGGAUUUGUGAAAGGUGAAAGCUUUGCUGAGAAUUAUAUUAGUUGGGAUGAUAUGAAGGUUGAUGAGCAUGAGGCUGGAUUGAACACUAGAUAUGAAUAUAAAGGAAGACGGAUUAUUGUGGUUGACAAGAAUGGUUGGGGAGAUUCUCAUACAGUUCAAGGAGCAGUUGAUAUGGUUCCAGAGCAUAAUACAGAAAGAGUAAAAAUUUAUAUUCAUCCAGGAAUAUACAGAGAGAAGGUACUUGUGCCAAUUACCAAGCCAUAUAUUUCUUUUAUUGGGAGCCAGGAUCAAACUGCAGUUACAAAAAUUACUUGGAACAAUAAAGCAUCAGAUAGAGACCGAAUUGGACUUCCACUUGGAACCUACAGAUCAGCUUCUGUGACCAUAGAAUCCGAUUACUUUUGUGCAACUAAUAUCACUGUUGAGAACACAGUAGUUGCAGUGCCUGGAGGAUUUGGAAUGCAAGCAGUGGCACUUAGAAUUGCUGGGGAUAAAGCCAUGUUCUAUAGAGUCAGGAUUUUGGGGACACAAGACACUCUCUUAGAUGACACUGGAUCACACUACUUCUACCAGUGUUAUAUUCAAGGAAGUGUAGACUUCAUAUUUGGAACUGCAAGAUCACUUUAUCAGGAUUGUGUCAUUCAAUCAACAGCCAAGAAUUGGGGAGCUAUCGCAGCUCAUCACAGAAAUUCACCAUAUGAAAAUACAGGGUUCUCUUUUGUAAACUGCACAAUCAGAGGAACUGGUGAAAUCUUAUUGGGAAGAGCUUGGGGUGACUAUUCAAGAGCAAUUUACUCAUACUGUGAUAUGGAUAAUAUCAUAUCUUCCUCAGGAUGGAGUGACUGGAGGCACCCAUCUAGGCAGAGGACAGUGGUGUUUGGGGAAUACCAAUGCAGGGGCGGAGGAGCAAAUACAAGAGGUCGGGUGCCAUGGUCCAAAUCUUUCAGUUAUGAUGAAGUUAGGCCUUUUCUGGACAGAAAAUUCAUAGAUGGAGACCAGUGGCUUAGACUGUAGUGCUUCUCCCACCUAGUUUGAUUAACUUUAAUCACUU